AUGGAGAGGAAAAACAGCACAGUGGUGACCGAAUUCGUCCUCCUCGGCCUGACCCAGUCUCGAAAUAUUCAGCUCCUGGUCUUUGUGCUGAUCUUCACCUUCUACUCCAUCAUCCUCCCUGGAAACUUCCUCAUCAUCCUCACCAUUAGGUCAGACCCCGGGCUCUCAGCCCCCCUCUACUUCUUCCUGGGCAACCUGGCCUUCCUGGAUGCCUCCUACUCCUUCAUCGUGGCCCCCAGGAUGCUGGCGGACUUCCUCUCUGAGGAGAAGCUCAUCUCCUACAGAGGCUGCAUCGCCCAGCUCUUCUUCCUGCACUUCCUGGGGGGCGGGGAAGGCCUCCUUCUGGUCGUGAUGGCCCUGGACCGCUACAUCGCCAUCUGCCGGCCUCUGCACUACGCGACUCUCAUGAACCCCAGGGCCUGCUACUCCAUGCUGUUGGCGCUGUGGCUUGGAGGCUUUAUCCAUUCCAUCAUCCAGGUGGCCCUCAUCCUGCAGUUGCCCUUCUGUGGCCCGAACAGGCUGGAUAACUUCUUCUGUGAUGUCCCGCAGGUCAUCAAGCUGGCCUGCACGGACACCUUCGUGGUGGAGCUGCUGAUGGUCUUCAACAGUGGCCUCCUCACCCUCCUGUGCUUCCUGGGGCUUCUGGCCUCCUACGCAGUCAUCCUCUGCCACGUUCGUAAGUCAGCCUCUGAAGGGAAGAACAAGGCUCUGUCCACAUGUACUACUCACGUCAUCAUUAUACUUCUUAUGUUUGGACCUGCCAUCUUCAUCUACACGCGCCCAUUCAGGGUCUUGCCAGCUGAUAAAGUGAUUUCUUUCUUCCACACAGUGAUCUUUCCAUUGAUGAAUCCUGUGAUUUACACACUGCGCAACCAGGAAGUGAAAGCUUCCAUGAAGAGGUUGCUGAGUCGGUAUGUGGUCUGUUGA